AAUAACUGACCUUUUUGUAAUUUCUUCCAAGGAUUUGUGUGGCCAGGAGUAGUGCACAUUCCAGCAAGUAAAAGAAACAGUGCUAGUUGGUCGAACAUGGCUGCUGUUCAAUACUUCUCUCAUUUCUUCUUCAAUACUUCUCCGCUCUUUCUUCUUCGGCUCCAGGUCGAACAUGGCAUCAUUGCGAGUACCAUUUUGCCUCUUUGAUUCUGCUCUCUCUAAAACCCCUCUAUGCUCACCCCCAAACCGCAUUAAAGGAGCUCCAGCAAGAACAGUAGUUUCUCUCUCUACCCAUCGCCCCAAAAUCCCAAAGAAGAAAGAGCGGACAAAGAGUACUGUCACCAGUACUACUCGCGCAGUUGCAGGGGUUGAACAAGGUGGGAGAUCAGAAUUAGCAGAGGAUGAUCGAACGGUGCUUGUGGAUCCAUCAUCUGGUGAAGAAGAAGAAGAAGUGAGGGGCGAAAGGGUUAAGGUGGCGGAGUAUGAUUGGAGGGAGGAAUGGUACCCUCUGUACCUCACUCAGAACGUCCCGGAUGAUGCUCCUCUAGGUCUCACCGUCUUUGACAAGCAGAUCGUUCUGUAUCGCGACGGCGCCGGCGAACUCAGGUGCUACGAAGAUCGCUGCCCCCACAGGUUGGCAAAACUGUCUGAGGGUCAGUUGGUUAAUGGAAGAUUAGAAUGCCUCUACCAUGGUUGGCAAUUUGAUGGAAAUGGUAAAUGUGUAAAUAUACCUCAGCUUCCAGCCAAUGCAAUAAUUCCUCGAUCAGCCUGCCUUAAAACAUAUGAGGUGAGGGAUUCCCAAGGAGUUGUUUGGGUGUGGAUGUCACAGAAGACACCUCCUAAUCCUGAGAAACUGCCAUGGUUUGAGAACUUUGCUAGGCCUGGGUUUCGAGAUGUGUCAACAACCCAUGAGCUUCCUUACGAUCAUUCCAUACUACUUGAGAACCUAAUGGAUCCUGCCCAUGUCCCAAUCUCGCAUGACAGAACAGACUGGACUGCAAAAAGGGAAGAUGCCAAACCACUACUUUUCAAGGUAACUGAGCGAACUGACCGGGGGUUUGCAGGCUCAUGGGGCAAGGAAAAUGAACCGUCCAUGCCAAACCUUUUAAGGUUUGAAGCACCAUGUGUUCUUCAAAAUAACCGAGAAAUUGUCGACAAUAAUGGAGCGAAACACUACUUGUCUGGCCUCUUCCUCUGCAGACCAUCAGGACAAGGAAAAUCCAUGCUCAUUGUGAGAUUUGGAGGAACAAAACAAUCCCGUCUUGUAAAUUGGAUUCCAAAAUGGUGCUUCCAUCAGAAUGCAAGUAAGGUUUUCGAGCAAGAUAUGGGAUUCCUUUCAUCCCAAAAUGAGGUUCUGAUGAAAGAAAAAGUUCCGACGAAGGAACUGUACCUUAAUUUGAGGUCAUCAGAUACUUGGGUGGCUGAAUAUAGGAAGUGGAUGGACAAGGUUGGACACGGAAUGCCUUAUCAUUUUGGUCACAGUACCAUUUGUCUGCCUAAAGAGCCUGCCAUUGUGGAACAUGCACCCGCUGGCCUGGUUGCUGGAAUUUCAGCAUCUCUACCAGCCAAGGGGGGAAUUGGAACAAUGCAUGCUCCAAAUUUUUCAAAUCGAUAUUUCCGGCAUGUAGUUCAUUGCAAAGGGUGCAGGGCAGUUGUAAAAGCUUUCCGGACAUGGAAGAAUAACCUUCUUAUCGUGGCUCUAGCAUCUACUGCUAUUGCAAUUUUGGUGAGUGGAAGGCAGUGGAGGGCCCUUCUUAUGGUUUCUGCGACUCUGUGCCUGGCUGGUGUGUAUGCAUGUUCAACUGCAAUUGCUAUGAACACAACGAACUUCAUCAGAGUACACAGGAGAUUGUAAACCAGCAGCUAUAUGGAUCACUUUUUGGAAGAGUUCUGUUUUAAUAGGGCUGAAAAGAAAAUUUGGUGUUUUCCAUUGCAGUUGGUGUUCCCAGCCACCCAACCCCAGUGCAUUGUUUCUACCCUUAUAUUUUCAUAUUUCUUUAUACACAAACAGCAGCUUCAAAAUGAAGACCUUUCUGUAGGUAAAUGAAGGAUAUACCACAAGAAAAUUUUCAA